GUACAACAUGGACCAGGCAGCUUCAUAUUCCCAAUCCGGUGCUUUACUUACAACAAUUACAUGACCGAUGACAGCUGUCUACUGUAAUGGCGAGACCUCGUUUUAAUUUGCCGUAAAAUUCGCAUUCAGCGGCCUGUGGUACGUACCAGACCAAGAUUGGAUGGCAAGAUGGAUGCAUCGGCCUACCUUACCCAAGGACGAUGCGUUUGCCCCGCAAGCCUACCCAAAGGUCGGAGCCUAUUGGGUUACCCAAAUGACCGUCCUUACAACGAUGCCGUGUUCAGCUGUACUUGGAGGGCUCGAGCCGGCAGAGGAUGUGUCGUCACAGCUUGGGAAAUGGCCGCAAUGCACCGAGCCGCCCCCGUCACACUCAACGCACGCGAGCGGAGGAGUGCGGACGGACAAGAGUGACAAAGGACAAGUCCAGACUGUUCGAUGCCGCCCGCUUCUCCGGGGACCUCAUUCGCCAAUGGCAUCUCUACCAAGUGGCUACCUCAGCGGUUUGUCAAGUCACUAUCGGCGAUGAUACUCAUCCUUGCGGUCUCGGAUCAGGCCACUCGAGACGAGCGCAUCUAUAAGUGUCGGUAUUAUAGAUAGGUAUGUAUCACUCAGGUUUUACGGUUUGUCUGCACAUCGAGUUGGAGUAGGGGCAUGGAGAAAAAUCUUCCCUGUCAGUGAGAGUUGAUCAAGUCUUUUUUGUCCCAACAUUCUCUUCAUUGCCGUGAUCGAUCCAACAAUAAUAAGUUUGUACCACUUUGAUGCGGUAUUACAGUUUUUUCCAAGAAAGGAAACUUUAGUAGGACAGGUUAGCCUGUUUCCACUGCUUUUAUUGUUCCCCUAGGCUUGCCCAGCCCCGUCGCCUUUGUAUUAUCUAGACUGACUGCAAGCGAGCGUUUCGCGCGAAGACGCGAACUGUUGGCGAAGCAAAGUAGACGUUUGGGAAAGUUGCGCAUUAAAAAAAAAAAAAAAAAAAUUGCAGAUCACGAAGAUGCAGUGUCGUCAACUGCAUAGGACCCAUUUUGAGUCAUGGAAUUGAGUCGUUGACUUUUUCUUCUUUCUCUCUUUAAGUUUUGACUUUGGUUUUGACUUUGAUUUUUCUCCUGCAGUCCGAUACAGUUUGGUUUAGUCCCGCCUCUCUGGUCCAAGCCCACACUGAAUGCAUCAUACAUGAACCCUUUUGCGUUGACGGCUGCGCUUCCGUGGUGGAGUAUCUCCAAGUGGUUGACGCAGUACCGGAACUUGCGGUGUGAACGACGACGAGGUCCGGCAUUCUUCAAUCGAAGCUGCAACCACAAACCUACUACUGUAGAAAGCUAGGGUUAAUCCUGUGACAAACAACUUGAACCGGACUAGACCAGGGGCGCGGGGGACCGGAUGUCUGUUCAGCCUCCAUACCGGUAGACGGUUUUCACUUUCUGUUGCAUGCAGCCUAGAACUUUUUUUUUUUUAUUUUUUUUUAUUUUUGCUUUUCCGGCCCUUUCUUUCAUCGACCCGCAUUCUCACGUUUAGUUCGAGG